AUGCCGGCGGUAAACAAGACGCCUAUUCUGCUGCGUUAUGGGAUAGAAAUUGGAGGCAGUGACAAUUUGGGCGUCUUCAGCCAGAGCAACAUGCCCACCCCACCCAGUGCUGUCCUUCCCCAGCCGAAAAGCACUCUAGAGGCCUUGGAACAGCGAAUGACCAAGUACAAGGAGGCUUACGCUCAGGCUAGAGCCAAUGGGGCUGACCGCAAGGCCAGAAUGCACGAGCGCAUAGCCAAGCAAUACCAAGGUGCCAUCCGAGCUCACAAAGCCGGGAGAGCCGUAAACCUGGAAGAGCUACCUGUCCCACCUGGCUUUCCUCCAAUCCAUGGGCAGGAGAGGGAGAGAAGUGAACAGGACUUUUCUGGAAUGUUAGACGCUGCCAACAAAUUGGCUAUGGAAGAGGGCGAAGGGGAUGAAGAUAAGGAACAGUUACAUGUGAAGAAGCCAUCGGUCAAACAAAAGCCCAGGAAGCCGAUGCUUGCAGUGUGUCCUAUAGCACAUGACAGCGCUCAGUCAGCAAAGCAGUCCUGCAUGGCCAUCCCAUGCCAAUCAGACACAAAGAACAGCCGGGGGGAAGGACUGUCUUCCCAAGCCCAUCAGCAGCUUGACUUUGUGGAUGGCCACAGGAAGCAGACCAUGAAGGUGGGAGUGCAGGCCAAGCAGAAGGAUGACCUGGAGCAGGACAGGCAUUGCAUACGCACUGUCAGUGGGAAUAUCGCUGAUGUCACAAAGGAGGCUCUGUCAUUGGUGCCAUUUCUUCCCACAGAUGAAGAUGAUGAUUUUGUCAUGAUUAAUCAUACUGACGUCCAAAUCUCUCAGAGGGCUGACCAGGUAUAUUCUCAGCUGUCCACGCUGCUGAAGGAACAGUAUGAGAAAUGUGCAAAUUAUUCCAGGCAGUUCUCCCAUCUAGGAAACAUCACAGAGACCAUAAAGUUUGAGAAAAUGGUGGAGAGCUGUAAGAAAAACAUGGAGACCCUGGAGCAGUCACAGGCACAGGGGCGGGACCCCCCAAAACACUACUUUGAGAAGAGGACCUACAGGAUCACCAGGAUCUUUCCAGAACUCAGCAGCACGGAGAUGGUGGUGACCAUUGUGAAAGGGAUGAAUCUUCCAGCCCCUCAAGGUCUGUCAGCUCAACAGCUUAAUGCCUUUGUCAGAUUUGAGUUCCCAUACCCCAGCUCUGAACAACCCCAAAGCCAUAAAACCACAGCCAUCCGGAAAACCAGCAGUCCAGAGUUCAAUCAGAGCUUCACACUGACCAUCAACAGGAACCACAGGGGCCUCCGGAGGGUCAUCCAGUCCAAGGGACUCAAACUGGAGGUGGUGCACAAAGGGGGCUUCCUGAGGAGAGACAAGCCUGUGGGCUGUGCACUCCUGAAGUUGGGCAAACUGGAAACGGAAAGCGAAAUGCGAGACAUAAUUGAGAUCACUGAGGGGCGGAAGACCACGGGGGGGCGUCUGGAGGUUCGGGUGCGGCUACGAGAGCCGUUGAGUGCACAGGACCUGCAGACCACCACAGAGCACUGGCUGGUCCUAGAGCAACCCCAGGUUCUAUAAAUGACUUUUUGAAAGGUGUCUCGCAAGAUGGAAGGACGCCUGGUCAAUCAAAAACAGUAAUAGGAAAGUAACAGGAGACUUGGAGGACUCACUGAAUGUUAAUGCUGUUGGAGCUGCCCUGGUUCUUGCAUUGGGACAUAAUGUGUAAUGAAUGCAUCCCCUCAUUGUGCCUGUACAUAGAAAGAUGCUCAUAUAUAGUUCACAACCCUAUGAGAGGGUUGUGAACCCUGACAUUUUGAAAGCAGGUCAAGAGAGCAUGCGUUACAUUUUAUUGUUCCAUUAAGCACUUACCUGUACAUUCCAAAACAAAUUCCCAUGAAUACCAUACUACAUUGCUAUGUAUGGUAUUUUUGUGUAUCAUUUAUUUCCUACAGUAUAUUCAGCUGAAAUGAUACGCAAUAUACUAAAACUCAUAUGUUCAACUGAAAUGUAAUGUUGUCUUAGUAUUAGGCAAUGUAAAUGUAUGAACCUAAACCAUUGUAAGUGAAAACAACAUUUUUACGAUGUUUACUUGCUAAACUGGCAAAAUGAAAGCACUGGCUGAAAAAUGUAUGCCUAUAAGUACAUGUUAGUGUAACACACUCUGAUGGACUACGGUUGUAAUUUUGCUCUAGUUCUAGUGUUGUUUUCUCACCAUGUUUAAAGCACUUUUGAAUGUGGCUUUGGAUAAAAGCAUUUGCCAAAUUACUAAAUUGUGAUCUUCUAUACUUUCCUCUCUCAUUUUCCUCUCAGUCAUCGCCUCCUCUACCCAUUUCUACAGUCUCUGCAUGCUGCAUUCUCCAUAACUCUCUGCCUCCAUCCUUGCCACCAGUGUCACUACCUUCUGUAUCACUGGGCCUUCAUUGCGAUAUUGUACUUUUGUAUCCUGCAAGUAACACAA